CUCUCUCUCUCUCUCUCUCUCUCUCUCUCUCUCGCCAUGAAUGAAAGCCUUAUCCUCAGGUAUGCCUACUAACCCUCAACUGCGCUCCAGCGACCGUCAGCAGCAACAACUACUAGUACACCCGGAGCCGGCCGAUCCACUCUCCAUCUGUCAUUCUCGGGUGGAUGGAACAAACACAUAACAGCUACAAGAAAACUAGUGCUGUGAUAUAAGUGAGAACUUCAGCGAUCCAGAAGAAGUGAUUAAACAGCCUCAGCCAUGGCGACAAUAGGGGAUUUCGACCCACUCAACUCCACCGUACCUGCGACAAAGAUUGAAAUCACCGUUUCCUGCAGAAACCUGUUAGACAUGGACACCUUCUCUAAGUCAGAUCCAGUGGUCGUGUUAUACGUGCAAGGCCUGGGGACCAAGGAAUGGAGAGAGUUUGGUCGGACAGAAGUGAUCGAUAACACGCUGAACCCCGACUUUGUGAGGAAGUUUGUCCUUGAUUUCUUCUUUGAAGAGAAGCAGAACCUUCGCUUUGAUGUGUACAAUGUGGAUACCAGGAGCUCCAACCUUUCAAAACAUAAGGACUUCCUGGGUCAGAUGUUCUGUACGUUGGGGGAGAUCAUCGGCUCGACUGGCAGUCGGCUGGAGAGGACGCUCUCUGGGAUUCCUGGGAAGAAGUGUGGAAGCAUCGUCUUCUCAGCAGAGGAGCUCAGUAACUGCCGGGACAUAGCCACCAUGCAGCUCUGUGCCAACAAGCUGGAUAAAAAGGAUUUCUUUGGCAAGUCUGACCCUUUCCUUGUCUUCUACCGGAGCAACGAGGAUGGAACGUUCACCAUCUGCCACAAGACUGAGGUGAUCAAGAACAAUUUAAACCCUGUUUGGCAGCCGUUUACGAUCCCUGUCCGAGCACUUUGUAAUGGAGACUAUGACAGGACGGUCAAGGUGGACGUAUACGACUGGGACAGAGACGGGAGUCAUGACUUUAUCGGAGAGUUCACCACCAGCUACAGAGAACUUUCCAGAGGCCAAAGCCAGUUCAAUGUCUAUGAGGUUUUGAAUCCCAAAAAGAAAGGCAAGAAGAAGAAAUAUGUCAAUUCAGGAACGGUGACUCUGCUGUCUUUCAAAGUGGAGUCAGAAUGCACGUUUGUCGACUUCAUCAGAGGAGGGACACAACUCAAUUUCACUGUGGCCAUAGACUUCACAGCAUCCAACGGUAACCCGUCCCAGCCCACCUCACUGCACUACAUGAAUCCAUACCAGAUGAAUGCAUACGCCAUGGCGCUGAAGGCUGUGGGGGAGAUUAUUCAGGACUAUGACAGCGACAAACUUUUCCCAGCAUAUGGCUUUGGAGCUAAACUCCCUCCAGACGGCAAGAUCUCCCACGCUUUCCCACUGAACUCAAAGGCAGAAAACCCAAACUGUGUGGGCAUCGAGGGUGUACUUGAGGCUUACUUCCAGAGCCUGCGAACUGUUCAGUUGUACGGUCCAACCAACUUCGCACCUGUCAUCAACCAGGUGGCUCGGUGUGCUGCAGAAGUGACUGACGGCUCCCAGUAUUUUGUGCUGCUGAUGAUCACAGAUGGCGUCAUCUCAGACAUGGCUCAGACCAAAGAGGCUGUGGUCAACGCAGCCUCCCUGGCCAUGUCUAUCAUCAUUGUAGGAGUUGGCCCCGCUGAGUUUGAUGCUAUGGAGGAGCUGGAUGGGGAUGAGGUCAGAGUGUCCUCCAGGGGACGCUUUGCUGAGAGAGACAUCGUCCAGUUCGUUCCUUUCCGAGACUACAUCGACCGCUCAGGGAACCAGGUCCUGAGCAUGGCCCGGCUGGCCAAGGACGUCCUGGCAGAGAUCCCAGACCAGCUGCUGUCUUUCAUGAAGAACCGGGGGAUCGAGCCCCGGCCCCCACUGUCUGCCAUCUCAGACUCCCCCUCGAUGUCCACCACCACCACAACCACCGCUCCUGCCAACAAGGAGCGCAACAUGCACGCCUGAGACGAGCACAGCGAGUGGAGCAGUAGGGUCGUUGCAGAUAUGAGCAAAGAGAGAUGUGUGUUUGUCUCUGUGUGUGUAUGUGUUGCAUGGUUUCAGGGUUUCAGGGUACUAGACAGGAACUGAGUCAGGAUUUUGAAGACUGAUGGCGACAACUACCAGAAGAGAAUACAUCUUUUAAACGUGUUGGAGGGGAAGUUUCCUUUGACAAGAUUUGGACCUGACAUGUAGACAUGCACUUUGAUCCUUUCAACAUUUCUGAUUGUGACUUUUGUCAGCACCUUUCAAAUAAGUGACUAAUACAGACAACACUUCUUCUGCAGAGGUUGAGUCCAUACCUCCGUCUGCCCCACUUCAGUUUCUGUGACACUGUUCCUGCUCACAGUGAUAAGAGUGACUGCUGUAAUAGAGUAAUAAAUCCUGAAGUAGCCAGCCAAUUGAUUUCUAUCUGUUGUGAAGAAAGAUGGCACUGAGGCUGAUGUCCUUUCCUUGUUUGUUUACUCUCAGGGCAUUUUAAAGGCUUCACAGUAACACAGGGGGUCUGAAAAUAGAGAAGCAUAAUUUAAACCCUGUUCUGGUUGUGACUUCGGACACCCAGUGGAAACCAGUUCUUUUUAUUGCUUCAUGAAAAUGUAUGCUCUAUGUUUAUGUAUGCUAAAUAUGAAAAUUGAAAUGUGCUUUUAUGUAAAGGGGUGGUGAAUGCUCUACAUUUCAAGGUCAACAUCCAGAGACUUAGCGAUGGCAAGUCUAAACUAAUCCCACUAGGACACUUGAAAGCGCCUGGUGAAAGCAGGAAAUAUAUAUAUGGCCAUGAAAUUGGCCCGGGAUGGAGAACAGACUGAAAUAUUCCCCUCUCCAGCAUAUCCACUUUCCCCAGCCACCGUACAAUUUAAUAUCAGGAGGGACAGACUAUUUCAGCCCCAUAUUGCAAAGCUGAAUAUUGCCAUGUCUGUGCUCUGCUGUUCCCCCUCUUCCUCCAAAUUGUAACUCUCUCAGCUGGGGCUGUCAUUUGGGAUGAAUCAUUCAUGAGGUGGCUGCCUCUGGUUCUCAAGCUGUCUAGAGCAUGUACCUGUUUAAAAUGAAUAGAGUUGGUCAGUGCACAUUUCACAGGCCAGAAUACUUCAUAUGUAGCAGAGAAUGAGUGGAAGCGUCAGGUUCACCUUUAGUUUUCUUUUUCUUUUUUUUACUGGAGAGAAUACACCAACGAAAAGAGUGAGAAGGAGUGUGAGGUUUGGUAUGUAGUGCUGUGUCAAAGUUACUCAGACUGCCUGCCUUUGUUAGUGUAUGCACAGCUUCCUUCAUCACUUCUGGUGUUUGAUAUAACGUUGCAUAUUUCCUGCAGCUGUCAGUCACAACACUAGCUACUGUAUAAAGACUGAUUUGCGGUGAAUGCUGACUUUUUCCAGACAUAUCCUUUUUUUGUGAUUUCAUUUGUUAUGCUUUUGUUCUGCACAUGAAUGAUUCAAGCUAAAGUGAGUGAGUGCUCCAGUAGAAACCCCAGAUUCAUUUGUCUGUACAGGCUGUGCUGUAUUUUACAGCCAAGCCUAGCAAACAACUCAACAGAAUAAAAGUCCUCCAAACCUUAUGACACCAUAUGUCGUUGGUUCUUACCCUCAAUUAAGACCCACAAGCAAUAGUAUGUCUCUGCAGACCCGGAGACUGCAGAUUCAGACCUGCAGUUCUAGACUCCUUGUAUUUUGCGACAGUCCUUGCAACACAUUGAACAUUUCUUCAGUUGGGGCAAGUUUCCCCUUUCCCUUUUUGUAACAUGUAACACCUGAAAAGAGAGUGCUUAAUUAAUCAAAGUUAAUAUUAUUCAACCGUUUUACAGACAUAAACAAGGCCAAAACCUAAUAAUAGAAAAUACAUUUUGCAUCUUCUGCACUGGAAGAGCUUAAUUUCUGUCCAAUAAAUCUCUAAAUAUAUGCUAUAGAGUAGCCUCAUAUUUAUGUAGUGAUAAACACACGUAAUAAAUAAUAUAAUAAAUAAUAAUAUGUUACUUCAAAUAACAUAACUGAAUUUUGUUUUCACAUGGGACAGUCUACUGGAUGAAAGUCCUAGUUUGUUUAACCCUCUCACCCGCCCUAACAGUCAUUUUUCAUUUGUUUUAAUUACUUCCUCCCUGUGCACUUGCUAAUGUCACUUCUAUCUCGGCGUCCUUCAUAAUUACUACGGCUAGAGGCCACUGCUAACUAGAAACAUUAACAUGGGUCAUAAUAAGUUGCUCUACCAAUAGCACAUGGGGUUGAAUUUGGGGGAAGUACAUUAUCAAAGAGAAUAGUUCAACCUAACUGCAUCACAAAAAUAGAAAGUUGGGUAAUAACAACAAUAACAAAUGGAUUCAUCUGGAUUUGUCUGGAUAAUUAAGCAUGUGUCAUAAUGUAUCAGAAAGGAAAUGGAUAUGUGGCCUUAUUUAUGUCAUAAUCCCAGUAUGUGCGAGGGAGGACUCUAUUUUUAUAUGACAAAACAGGAAAUCUGUGUUAUUUUGCAUGCUUAUUGGGCCAAUAUGCUGCCAAUGAUUGUACUUGUCUGUAUCUUAUUCUGUAUUCAUAUUUGAAAAUGACUUCUAACAACAUUCCUACAUGUGUUGACUUAUGUACUGUGCAGGAGCGUUCUUUCUAUUUUUACUGUUAUUGUGUGCAGUAUAGUUGAAGGAACUGCCAAUGUAAUAAUCCAAAACAUAUAAGAGAUACAUGAGUUGUAGGAUAGAUUUGUAUCACACAGUCUUUAAAACAUGCAUGCAUGUGUGUGUUAUGGUCAACAAGUACACUCACCCAAAGUCACAAAACGUAUUGGAUACUUUUGUAUUAAGCAUGAGCUUUCUAUACAGUGUGUACAGUAGUUGAUUACACUGACAGACAAUACUGCUCACUACUUCUCCCCAGUCUAGUGUGUUCCAUACUGCUGACAUGUAGGUUCAAUGUAAAUACAUCUAAAGUGAUGUACAGAA